AUGAUAAGGACGUUUCCAUACCACCCGGCCAACAGCGCGUGGCGUCAGCGAAGUAUUACACAAGGUAGCCGUAAAACGAAACCGAACAUCGAGUCUGCGGACGACGCGCCCAUAUGGAGCAUCGUGAACUCAUCUUCGGUCUGUGAAGCACCAGCUGCUUCGGGUGCACCAUCAACGCCUGUCUCGACGACGUCAUCCGGUUUUGCGGAGAGUAUGAACUUUCUCGGCGGUCAAAUAAUGGAUCCGUUGGCCCAGCAACAACAACUGCUUCACUUCAUCAUGCAACAAUCAUUAGGUGCAGCUCACACAGCAGCAGUGCAAACGUCAACUCCUCAACAACAGCAACAGCAACAACCCCCUCCACAACCGACGUCGAUCACAUCGAUGAGCACCACAUCGGGUAGUGGUGGUGCCCAAGUGAAAUCUGAGCCACCCGAUCACUUCAAUCCCCUCAUGGAGCACUUACAGCAUCAGUUCAAGGAGGUGAGAGCCAUUUGGUUUCCCACGAUUACGCUGUGCACCUGGUUGCGAUAG